UCAGCCUGACAACACAAGCCAGCCGGUGCUCUUAGCUUAGCUUAGCUCACCUCACCUGCUGACAUUUAGCUGUGACCGCUGUUUUCCUGUAACCUUCUCCCAAUAUCUUUUCGUGUCGUUUCGUUUUAGACACUCUCGGUGAUCCCGACGGUCGCCAUGCACACGCCCGUGCGCUUCUUGCUCCUUCUGUGGGUCGUGAGCGCGGCGGCCGCGAGUCAUCAGUUGACAGAGCAGGACAUGCAUGACGUCAGGCAGCGAAUCAAAGGCAUGUUCUACCACGCCUACAACAGUUACCUGGAUAACGCCUUCCCCUACGACGAGCUCCGCCCCCUCACCUGUGAUGGCCAGGACACCUGGGGCAGUUUCUCGCUGACGCUCAUUGAUGCGCUCGACACCCUGCUGGUGCUGGGAAACCAAACAGAGUUCCAGCGUGUGGCGUCGCUCCUCCAAGACACUGUCAACUUCGACACCGAUGUCAACGCAUCCGUCUUUGAGACCAACAUCAGAGUGGUGGGGGGUCUGCUGUCGGCCCACCUGCUGUCGGGCAAGGCCGGCAUGCAGCUGGAGCCCGGCUGGCCGUGUUCUGGUCCACUUCUGAGGAUGGCUGAGGACGCUGCCAGGAAGCUGCUGCCUGCGUUCCAGACUCCCACCGGAAUGCCGUACGGCACAGUCAACCUGCUGCGGGGCGUCAGUCCCACUGAGACGCCCGUCACCUGCACCGCCGGCGUGGGAACCUUUAUCCUGGAAUUUGCCACGCUUAGCCGACUCACCGGAGACGCCACGUUUGAGGACGCGGCUCGCCGGGCCCUGAGGGCACUUUGGAAGACCAGAUCGGACAUCGGACUCGUGGGCAACCACAUCGACAUUGUGACCAGGAAGUGGGUGGCGCAGGACGCCGGCAUCGGUGCUGGCGUGGACUCCUACUUUGAAUAUCUCGUGAAAGGCGCCAUCUUGCUGCAGGACGAGGAGCUGCUGCACAUGUUUCAGGCGUACGACCGUGCCAUUCAGAACUACACCCGCUUUGAUGACUGGUACCUGUGGGUCCACAUGCACAAAGGAACCGUCUCCAUGCCCGUCUUCCAGUCUCUGGAGGCCUUCUGGCCCGGUCUACAGUCUCUGCUGGGGAACCUGGACGGAGCAAUUAGAACCUUCCAGAACUACUACUCCGUGUGGAGGCAGUUUGGAGGUCUACCUGAGUUCUACAGCAUCCCUCAGGGCCACACCGUGGACAAGAGGGAGGGCUACCCGCUCAGACCAGAGCUGAUUGAGAGCGCCAUGUACCUGUUCAGGGCCACGGGUGACCACACCUACCUGCAACUCGGCCUAGACGCCCUCGAGUCCAUCGAGAGGAUCGCCAAGACGCCCUGCGGCUACGCAAGCGUGAAAGACGUGCGAGACCACCAGCUGGACAACAGGAUGGAGUCCUUCUUCCUGGCCGAGACCAUCAAGUACCUGUAUCUGCUCUUUGACCCCGCUCACUUCCUGCACGGCGGCGGGGCCGAGUCGUGGGAGGAGGGCGGCGAGGACGGGGGGUGCGUCCUGAGCGCGGGGGGCUACAUCUUCAACACGGAGGCCCACCCGCUGGACCCGGCGGCGCUCUACUGCUGCAGCCGCCACACCCUCGAGCACGAGGAGCUGCGCGACAUCCUGCUCGGCGACCGGUCGGGUCAACCCGCCCCGCACGCGGAAGACCCCCUGCCUGGCCAAUCGGAGAGCAUCGCUUUGAAGCCCGGCGAGAGGAAGACGGCGCCCCUGCUGUCAUGUCCUGUUCAGCCUUUCAGAGCUCGGCUCGCCGUCCUGGGACAAGUUUUCACGGACAACACCUGACCUUGCACGUCACGUGAGACCUUCGAACGCUCAUUUUGGCUCUGGAAGCCAUCUUGGUUUGGUCGCCCUAGAGGCUCCUUGUACAUUGAGAGUAAAGUCUAUUUUUAUUUAUUCUAACCACGCGGUCCUCAGCGUCUUAACACAACGCACACGUCUCAAUGGUAGUACCCACUAGGGGGCAGCACGCUUAAGCAAAGUCAGCAUGUUGGACAUGACGUCUUACAUCAACUUCUGGACCAGCAGAAAUCCCCUCAUUCUGGGCGGGACCCACAUCUCCUGAGUCCUUUGGUGGUGUCCUCUCAUGUCCUAAUCUAACGUGUCCUGAACAACGUUUAUCUUUUUCCUCCUUGUUACAUUUCCUUCAUCUUGUCUCCUCUCCUUCCUCCAUGCCCUCAGUCGGACCCCGUCCCAGCCUGCCCCUCCUCCUCUCAGGGUGUGGUUCUGGACUCGUCUUUCUGCAUGACUCCAUCAUGACAAAGUGCUCUGAGUCUUCUGGACAGACUUUAAACGUCAACUCUUGUUAGUCGUGACUUUGUGGACAUCAGAUGUUAAUGAUGGAUGGAGGUGCAGUUCCAGAACCUUUAGAACCACACACAAACAGAACCAUGUAUAAGUAGAACCACACUCAGGAGCAACAAAACCAACUGAACUACACAGCAUUUCAUCAACAGAAAAGCACACACACACACAGCUGAGUAGUGUUUCACUGUUUGUGUUUUGUUCCAAGUAGAACCAUGGGAACCACACACGCCAGCAAAACCAUUACCAACAGAACCAUACGCAAGUAGAAUCUGUAGAACCACACCCAGGACCAACAAAACCUAUAGAAGUCAACACCAGUGGAACUAGAACCAUGCUACAAAUGAACAACUACUCUUUGAUGACUCAAGACAAACCACCGAUAGAACCACACAAGCUGAAUCAGACAAUGAAGUGCCAAGCAAACUAGUAGGGCGACAGAACAGUGGAACCGGACGCCACCGGAGCUGAUGACACAAUCAGAACCACACGCAGUUAGAACUGACUACACCGUCUGAACCAGUGGAACCAAUGAAACACCAACAAUCCACUGUAAUUUCAAUUGGAAAAUUCCAAAAUGUUUGGAAUCAUGAAAAGUCAUUUGUGUUUGAAUUUCUGUCAUCAUAAAAAUACUUUUUUUUUUGACAAGAGACAACUGAUUUCAUAUUACAUGCUAAACAUUUACGUGCGCUCAUGAAAUGUUUAAAAAGGAGCGAGAUGUAGGCUUACACAACAUGCUAACACUGUUAGCUUACUUCAUUGUCGACAUUAAGCUAACAGGUUCAUUUCCACGACACGGCUCACAUAUUGACAUCCUUUUCGUUUGCCGCCAGACAGCUGCAGCGAAGAAGCACGUGAAGGUAGUAGUGGACCAAACCAGUCCAUGUCGAAAUACAAGAGAUUGUUUUCAUCGUUUUUGACUGGAUUCAAAAUAAAGCACAACCAGAAAGCAAAAUGAUUUACCUAAUGUAUUUACCGGGGCCCCUGCCAGUCAUGUGCCCUUGUCCUAACGUUUCCCCCCUUUACGGCGCCCCCGGGUAGAACCGACUAAAGCAGUGUAACCAAUGAAAGCAUGGCAACCAUACAAAGAUAGAACAUGAACAAGUGGAACACAACAACCAUGAGAAUCGCACACAAGAACACAUAAAAGCCACGGAAACCGUCACAGCCAACCAAAGGCAGAACCAGCAGAACCAGACAAGUAGAACCCACCAACCAGCUGCAGACACACCAGUGGGCCUCCAGUGAAACCAAUUCCCGGGUUCUGGAAGCACUGGUCCAGAUGUUUGCUGAAAUGUUUGACGUGGUCUCUAAGGAGGGGUCGGCUUCCAGAACCGUGACAUCAUCUGAGCGCACGUGCACGACGCAGCGAAGUCUGCUUUGACACACAUUGAGACUGAGAACAGUUCUAAAGCGUUUAAAGCAAAUUGAUCGUUUCUUUUACAGCACCAUUGUUGCGUACCAUUGCGUGUGUUUCAUUUGUGUUCACACACACACACACACACACACACACACAGAGUCAUCUGUUCAUCAUUAGCCGAUCGUCAAUGACAACAAAAUCAAGAGGGCGGGGUUCGCUGUGCUCACACACCACUGCAUAGUCUUCUCAUAAUGUGUGUGUGUGUGUGUGUGUGGGGGGGGGGGAUGUAUGGAGGAGGCUCUCAGGCCAGUUUUUUCCCAUCAUUCCCAGUAUGUGAUGGAAGGGGAAUUCCAUCCGCAGCUCGACACCUUGCACAAGCGGCGCGCUGUGAGAAGAGUCGCUCAUGGCAAAGGCAAAGUUGUGUGUGGAUAAAUCAGCUGACAUGUCCUCAUGUUGUGUCAACACGCAAACACUCAAGCGACUCCGCCCUGCAGAGAACAUUCAGAACUUCUCCACAGUU